UUUUUAUUAUUGUUAUUUUUUUUUUUUAACUUGGCGGAACGCUUGGGAAGCCCCCGCACGGCUCCGCUCCCGCCCCGCAGCGCGUUGCCCUCGCACUCCCCGCGCUGCCGGAGCCGCUCCCCCUUCCCGAGCCGCUCCAGGCUGGGCCUCUGCUGGGCUCUGGAAGCCGGGAGCCCCUCGGCACCGUCUGCCUCCCCCUCCCGGAGCCGCUCCUCCCCGCCAGCCCGAUAAAUGCUGUUUAUGAGGAUGGACCUGUUGAACUACCAGUACUUGGACAAGAUGAACAACAAUAUCGGCAUCCUGUGCUACGAAGGUGAAGCGGCGCUGAGAGGGGAGCCCCGAAUGCAGCCCCUGCAAUCCCCCGCGCUCAGCAACCACCGCACGGGCCCGCCGCCCAUCAGCCCCAGCAAGAGGAAGCUCAGCAUGGACCAAGGGGACGAGGAGCUGGACUGUGAGAGCGACCACGUCUCCAAAAUGAGCCGCAUGUUCAACCCGCAUCUCAAGCCUGCCAACGGGGAUUACCGGAAGGAGCACCGGGAGCGGAGCCGCAGCCCCAUCGAGCGGGCGGCUGCCCCCACCAUGAGCCUCCACGCCAACCACAUGUACGCCUCCAUCCCCAGCCUGAGCAUGGAGCAGCCCCUCGCACUGACCAAAAACAGCGUGGAUGCAGCCAGGACAGUCGGCAUCUCCCCCAGCCUGAGCAGCGUGGAGCGGCAGCAGAACCGUCCCUCUGUGAUCACCUGUGCUUCUGCCAACAACCGCAACUGCAACCUGUCCCACUGCCCCAUCGCCCACAGCGCCUGCUCGGGGGCUGCCUACAGGAGACCCUCCAGCUCCAGCGCUGCGUGCGACCCGGUGGUGGAGGAGCACUUCCGCAGGAGCCUGGGCAAGAACUACAAGGAGCCGGAGCCGGCGGCCAACUCGGUGUCCAUCACGGGCUCGGUGGACGAUCACUUCGCCAAAGCGCUGGGGGACACGUGGCUGCAGCUGAAGGCGGCCAAGGACGGCGCGGGCGGCAGCCCCGAGGCGGCGGCGCGGCGCGGCCGGGGCUCGCCCUCCUCCUCGCACCUGCUCAGCCACAGCCACUCGCCCUCCGUGCUCUCCUGAGACUGAGACUGCGCCUGCCGAGCCGGGAGCGCUGCUGCCGACGGGACGGGACGGGACGGGACGGGACGGG